AUGAGAACACCUAAAAGGUUCACAGUUGCAGCGCAACGACGGUUCACAGCAGCAACACCCGACACAGUGCGGGUUAUUCCGACUCCUAUGGCGGCUAGGAGGCUGACGGAUACACCGGCGGUUGGCAGCAGGCGACGUCUAGCAGAAGAGGAGAAGGAGGAUUGGCGGCAACGACUUAGACUAGAGACGGCAGUUGAUCGGAGCUUCCACAGGUUGGAGGACGAGAGAAAGUCUGGUGGUGGCGGCUGA